AUGCCUCUCGAGCUGCUAAAAUCCCUCCUCCUUCUCCUCGUGUACCUGUCACACUCUUGGUGGGUGGCUGUUCUCUUUGAAGCCCGCAUUGACCUUCAACACCAAUGUGGUUUCCCCCUCCUGAAUUUUGCUCCUCACUACACCCACCCCACCACGAUCAGCCAUCGAACUCGACAAAGACAUCCGCACACUUCCGUAUCUCUUCUCUCAUACUUGUCUGAGAUGAAGAACCCGAGCGGUGAGAUGCAUAUGGCCUUGCAGCCGCUUCUGCAUCUCUUGCUGUCACGCCAACCCCUCAGGCCGCAAAGCUUCGUCGUACCAAUCCAACGCCGAUGA